AAGAACUACGGUUACGUUAACCACAGUAUCCUUAAUGAACACACUUUGCGUUUAAACCACAUUCAGAACCAAUUGAAUCAAAUCAGCAAAAUUGCUGAAUUUUCGCCUCAAAAAGCAGUGCAAAGUGUGGACACAACACGACGCGAGUAUUCAUCCGAUAGUGACAGCGAUUUUACAGCCGAUUCUGGCAAUAGUAGCGAUGAAAGUGAGAUCAGCGAUAUCUCCUUCGAGACCUGUUCUACGGUCGAUGUGGUCGUGUCUUCGAGUACUACUAAAGCCAAUGAUAAUAAUGAAAUGAGAGUAGAAAAUAAUGAGAAUUUAGUUGCCGUUAACAGUCCUGAGCUUACAAUAAGUCCCCGAUCUUAUAACUUGAGGCCACGAAAGAGUAUCACUUAUACUAAGAGCGGAAUUAUCACUGAAACAGUGGAUGAUUUUGUGGCAACAGUACAGCUUUCGGAGUGUAUUUCAAAAGCAAAUUCACAAAUAACUCACACGAAUGCCAAGAAUUUCUUAUCGUCCGAUGAGGACUAACUUUGGCGUUAUUUAUUAGUCAUUAAC